AUGAAUGAGCAGACGAUCGCAACGCGUAAUGAGAGACGUGGCCAGGCCAUACCCAUUGCUAAAGCUAAUGCUAGAUAUUAUGUUGCACAAAUGGUCACAAAAGAAACACACCUAUCGCGGUCACCGUUGAAGAGCAAGGACCGUGAUGUGGAUGGAGUCGCAGUGGGCGUGUUGCCUCGGUUUGAGGUCCCGGUGGUGAACGUGACCGUGGUGGAGGGAACCACCGCCAUCUUGCCGUGUUCAGUGAAUAACCUGGGACGACACAAGGUAGUGUGGAUGGACCAGUGGGCCACGCUGCUGGCGUACAAGGACAAUCCAAACUGUAUUGUAGUGUGGACGGACCAAUGGGCCACGACGCUGGCGUACAAGGACAAACGGAUUAUCGACGACGAGAGGUACUCGAUCCAGCGUCCGUUCGAGAGUAACUGGAACCUACACAUCGAGGGCGUGAAGCACGACGACCAGGGCCAGUUCAUCUGUCAAGUGAACACCAAGCCAGUGCAGAAACAGACCGUCGUUCUCAACGUCUUAGUUCCACCUCGAAUUCUGGGUUCCAAUCUCGCUAGCAAGUAUGUCGUCAAAGAGGGAAUGUCCGUAUCGCUCAUAUGCAACGUCACGGGAAUUCCCGCCGCCACGGUCACGUGGUACAAACUACCGACGGACAUCGGCAGUAAAAAAGAGAGAAUAGGGUUUUCCGGAGAAAUACUAAAAAUUCAUAACGUGACUCGGUACUGCUCGGGAAAAUACGAAUGUGUGGCUGACAAUGGAGUACCACCACCGUAUAAACGAGAACUGGAGGUAGCCAUAGAAUUUCCACCAGAAAUCCGGUUACCUAACAAACGCAUAGGCCAAGUACUGAAAAAGGAAACCAUUUUAGACUGCAUCGUGACAGCGUAUCCCCAAGCGGUUAGUGUUUGGAAAUUCAAGGGUAGAGAACUCUCAAAGAGCAGCAAGCACAACGUGGAGGUUUUCAACGAAGGAGAUCAUAAAAUAACACUGAGUUUGCGCAUAAAAGACAUUGGAAAAGAAGAUUAUGGAUUGUACACGUGCGUUGCAUCUAACUCCAUGGGUAGAACAAGCAAACGAAUGGAGUUGUACGGUAAGAAACCACUCUAG